UAGUUUUAUCCUCAGUCGUCUUCUAGGGUUUUGACCUUUGUCCGGUGGUAGCCAUUCACGUAGUCGUUGCAGAGGGGAAGGCUUGACAAGUAGAGUUCGAUGAACUCUUAUCAAUAAUAAUGGACACUCGGGAGCCAGAGAAGCUAGAAAUUUUCCCCGGUGCAAGUUUCCUGAUCGAGAUUUAGAUCAGAAGAAGCUCAAAAAUGUUGACCGAAGACGAAACAGACUUGUACCGCGGCGGCGAGGAGCCUCAAAAAGUUGCUAUAAUAUUCGCGUUUUGCGGUGUUGGGUACCAAGGGAUGCAAAAGAAUCCAGGCGCGAAAACCAUUGAAGGCGAGCUCGAAGAAGCUCUGUUCCACGCCGGAGCUGUACCUGAGUCCAUUAGAGGCAAGCCUAAACUAUAUGAUUUCGCACGAUCUGCACGAACCGAUAAAGGAGUGAGUGCUGUGGGUCAAGUAGUUUCAGGUCGAUUCAACGUUGAUCCUCCUGGAUUCGUGGAUCGUCUCAAUUCGAAUCUCCCUAAUCAGAUUAGGAUCUUUGGUUAUAAGCAUGUUACGCCGUCGUUUAGCUCUAAGAAGUUCUGUGAUCGAAGAAGGUAUGUGUAUCUGCUCCCUGUGUUUGCUCUUGAUCCAAUCUCGCAUCGUGAUAGAGAAGCGGUAAUGGCUAGUUUAGGUUCAGGAGAGGUUUAUGUUAAGUGUAUUGCUUGCUCAGAGAGAGGUCGUAAGAUUCCAGAGUCUGUCAUUUUGUCGAACAAGUCUAGUGCAUUAAGAGCUGCCCUUAAGAUUGAAGCUUUGAGUUCUGAUUUAGCUAGCUUAAGCUCAGUAGAUGUUGGAGUAGCUAGGAUACAAGAAGAUAGUCGUAAAUUGAAUACAAGUUCAUCAGAGAAAGUCAAAAUGGCCGAGGCAAAGAGCAAGUUUUGUUACGGUGAAAAGGAGAAGGAAAGGUUCAGUAGAAUACUGUGUUGUUAUGUUGGAUCAUAUAAUUUUCAUAACUUUACUACAAGAAUGAAAGCAGAUGAUCCGGCUGCGCAUCGUCAGAUCAUCUCCUUCACCGCUGAUACUGUCAUUAAUCUUGAUGGUAUUGACUUUAUCAAGUGUGAAGUCUUGGGCAAGAGCUUCAUGCUACAUCAGAUUCGUAAGAUGAUGGGUCUUGCUGUUGCAAUCAUGAGGAAUUGUGCUUCUGAAUCACUUAUCCAGACUGCUUUCAGCAAGGAUGUGGAUAUAACUGUACCAAUGGCCCCAGAAGUUGGACUCUAUCUCGAGGAAUGCUUCUUCACGUCUUAUAACAAAAACUUUGAAGACAGCCAUGAGAAAGUGUCAAUGGAAGCAUACAAAGAAGAAGCUGAAGCAUUCAAAUUGAAGCAUAUAUAUUCUCAUAUCGGCGCUACAGAGCGAAGAUAUGGAAAUAUGGCUCUUUGGUUGCAUUCUUUGAACCAUAGAAACUAUCCUGACCUGAAUUUUGGCAGCCAUGGACAUAACGCGGACCAAGUUCUUGUGGAUAAGAAAGUUGAUGAAACCCACCACGAGGAAGAUCAAGUCUCAUUAUGAGUCUCUAAGCCAAAAUGAUGAAAGCUUAGUUUGAAGAUUUUGACAUCGUUUGUUUGUGCUCUUAUUAUUCAACAAUGUUCAUAAACUAUUCUUGUAACUUUUUUAAUCAAUGAUUUUUUUGUGUGUGUUAUA